GCUCAAUACAGCAAUGAAGUCUUUACAAGAGAAACUUCAACAAAAAGAAAAAAUUAAAGGAGGGUUUGAAAAAACAGUUCAACACAUCAAGUCUCAAGCUGAGCACACAGUGUGUCAGAUUAAACAGCAGUUUGAGAAGCUUCAUCAGUUUCUCAGAGAUGAAGAAGAAGCUACAAUCACUGCACUGAGGGAGGAAGAGGAGCAGAAGAAGCAGAUGAUGAAGGAGAAGCUGGAGGAGAUGAACAGACACAUCUCAGCUGUUUCAAACACAAUCAAAGACAUGGAGGAGAUGAUGAAAGCCAAUGACGUCUGCUUUCUGAAGAAGUUUCCAGUCUCAAAGGAAAGAGUCCAGAGCUCACAGCCGGAUCCACAGAUGGCUUCUGGAGCUUUGAUUCAUGUGCCACGUUACUUGGAAAACCUGCUGUUCAGAGUCUGGAAGAAGAUGGAGGACAUUGUCCAAAACAGUGAGUCUGACUGCAGAAGAUCUGAGCUCUCACACAUACACUGGAAAAAGGGGACGUUUUACAGAUUUAAAGAUGUCUGAUAUGUUUAUUAGUAG